ACAAUGUGUUCAAUACCUGGACUCCCAACCCCAGGUUCAAAUGUCACCAUCCUCAUUACCAGAGUUAACUUGAAUCCCCUCUGUGUACUUGUGGAAUUAUGGGGAAAUUUUGAUCAAGAGAGAAAGCUAGAUUAUCAGCGCAUGAGAAGGGAGAUUCAGGGAAGUUCAGUUCCCAAGGAAAUGUUUCAUGAGUCUGAUGGAAAUCCUGGAGACUUGUGCCUGGUACAAAUUUAUGAAACCUGGUACAGAGCACGUGUCGUGUCAAGAAAUGGGUCAGGUUACAGCGUGUUCUUAAUUGAUGAGGGAAGAACACUGAGUGCCACAACCAGCACUUUAGCGUGGGGUCAGAAUGACUUUUUCCACCUGCCACCAGAGGUGGAAUUCUGUGUUCUUGCCAAUGUGUUGCCUCUGUCACCUGAAAAUAGGUGGUCUCCGAUGGCCUUGGAGUUUCUGAAAUCCUUGUGUGGCAGAACGGUGAGCGGAUGCGUUCAGGAUGUGCUGGUGCCCCACAGAACAUUCCUUCUCGAUAUUCCGUGUAUAUCCAAACAGAUGUAUGAAGUGGGAUUCGCAAAGAAACUGUCCAUCGAGAAGUUCAAGCUUUUUGUUUCUAGGUCCUUACAGUCACUAAGUGGGCCAGUGGUUGUGACAGAUUCUAAGCAGAUUUCUUCAACUAAAAGUGAAUCCGUGGAGGCCCGUAGUCAGACUGAAAAACGGCAAUGCUACAUGUAUCCAGAACUGCAAACCGAAACAGUUGAAACUGUAAUCGUCACAGAGGUAACCAAUCCACUGCGGAUUUUCUGUCAGUUGAAGGUUUUUUCUCAAGAGCUGAAGAAAUUGACUGAGCAGAUUACCCAGCAUUUUGAGGGAAGAUUAAGAACCGGGACGGCGGGGCCUCAAUGUUUGGGUUCCCCCUGUGCCUCGCGAGGAAGCGAUGGCAAAUGGUAUCGUUCCGUGCUUCAGCAGGUCCUUCCGUCUAACAACAUAGUGGAAGUACUGCACGUGGACUACGGAAAAAAAGACUUUGUUCAGCUUGAGAAUGUACGGCCCCUGGCUACGGAAUUCCUGAGAAUGCCUGUUGUUACUUACGUAUGCUCUCUCCUUGGUGUUAUUGACAAAGGUGUUGGAUGGUCGGCUCCUCAGAUUGACUUCCUGAAGUCCUUAAUACUUCACCGCACGGUGAUCGCCAAAUUUGAAUACCAAAGUUUGUCGGAAGGCGUCCACUACGUGACGCUGUACGGAGAUGAAAAUGUAAACAUCAACAACCUAUUUGGCAUGAAGGAAAAGUGUCUGCUGGAGUCUGAGAGAACUUAUGAAGAUUAUGCUGUUCGGAAAGCUAUGCCGUCUCAGAAAUGUCAAGGUGCGGUGGGAAAUGAAAUUUCUUCCGGGCGAUGUGGAGACAUCACUAAGGAAAUGCAGGCAGCUAUGGGAACGAAAGGUCUACCACUGAAUUCAUCCCACAUGGCAGUUGUGCAGUAUGUUGAGAGCCCAUCUGAGUUCUGGAUUCAGACACAACAGUACGCCCAUGAAUUUGAUCAAUUGAUGAAUGCAAUCGGUGAUCUCUACAGCGAUUCCACUGAUACGGAAGCACUGGUAAGAAAUCCACAUGCCGGUCUUUUUUGCGCUGCCCGAUCACGGGACAAUGCUUUCUACCGGGCUACUGUAAGGGAAAUCGCUGGAAAACAAGUAAAGGUGUAUUUUGUUGACUAUGGAAACACCGAAGUUGUUGAAAGGCACAACUUAAGGGUCCUACCAAAGGAGUGUCUAACGUUGCCGCCAUUAGCGUUGAAGUGCUCCCUUUCUGGCAUCAGGCCUCAGGAUGGGAAAUGGAUCCAAAGUGCAAUCCUGUCCUUCACAAAAGCGACCGAAGACAGGAUACUGGAUGUGCAUAUUUGUGCAAAAUCUGAAGAAAAAUAUUUUGUACAUUUAACUGAUGCGUCUUCAUGUGGGGAGAAGAAUAUUGGUAAGAUGCUUUGCAGUGUAGGUUUUGCAGAAAUUGACGUGAAGAGCGCUGUUUCUAAGCCAGUGAAAAAACCUGUCAUUCUGCCAACUGUACAGGCUGCAAGUGGGAAAUGUUCUGACGUGGACAAAAUGAGAAUGGGCGGAACUCUUGGCUUGUUCAGUCAUAUUCCCACUGUGAGCGAAACCAGAUCUGUUUUUAAAGAACACUUAUUUCCAAUAGGAAGUUCUGUAGACGUCAACGUGUCUUACAUUGAGAGCCCAAGUGAUUUUUGGUGUCAAAUAGCACAGAAUGCAGGAAGUCUAAAUUUGCUCAUGCAAGACAUUCAGAGAUAUUAUGCUGACAGUGAGUUUCAGCACCCUGUGGAAGCGGCCUGUAUCACUCGCCAUCCUGACAACCGAAUGUGGUACAGAGCACUCAUCAUUCAAAAGCAUACAUCUCCGAACGUUGAUGUGCUGUUCAUAGAUUAUGGCCAAACUCAGAAGGUCCCCAUACAAGACCUACGACCUAUAAAUCCAACAUUUCUGAAACUGAAAGGUCAAGCUUUUCGGUGCAGUCUCUACAACUUGAUUCAUCCUGCUGGCCAUUCUAGUUUGGAGUGGAGUGACCUUGCCGUAUCAGAGUUUCAGGGUUUUGUGGACUCUGCUGCUUCUUCCCACGUGGACCUCCGGUGUACCAUAUAUGCCGUUAUGUAUGACGCCCAGAAAGUGGUCUUCAAUGUGGUGGAUCUCGAAACACCCUUUCAGAGCGUUUGCAGCUUGCUAGUUCAGAAGGGCCUGGCUGAUCGUGCUCCUCCGAAAAAGGUCCCUCUUCCACCUUUUCGGUUGGACACGUAUUACUAUUCCACUCACAACAUCAAAACGGGGGGCGAGGAGGAGGUGUACGUAACUAGUGUGAAAAGUGUUGACCUCUUUUUUUGCCAGCUAGGAAGAAAUUCAGAUCUAGUGGAAGAACUGGCAUCCAAGGUCAAUUACCUCUGCCGUCAGCUGCAAUGCAUCAAUUGUCCCCAAACAUUUGGCACUGUGUGCUUUGCAAAGUACACCGAUGGACAGUGGUACAGAGGACAGAUUAAAUCUACACACCCAGUACUCCUUGUGCAGUUUGUAGAUUACGGCGAUACCCUGGAAGUGGACAGGGCUGAUUUGCUCCCGAUUCCCAUUGAAGCGAGUGAAAUCAUGUCUGUGCCCGUUCAGGCUGUGGAGUGCGGACUCUCCGAUGUGCCAGCAAAUGUGCCAAGUGACGUGAAUGGGUGGUUUGCAAAUACUGCCACUGACCAUUCCUUCAGAGCAUUAGUGGUGGCAAAGGAGCCAUGUGGGAAACUAAUGAUUGAGCUCUAUGAUGGCAAAGCUCAAGUGAAUUCAAAGAUUAAAGAGAAGUUUUGCAUUGAGGCACAGAGAAAAGAACCUGUAUCCUACCAGCAAUGUGACCCUAAACUGCUGCCGCAACAAACUGAGGUUUAUGAGAGAAGGGAAAGGCUUAAACAAGUAUUUGACAGUGACGGACAUUCCCAACAAAAGCAGGAACACGUGAGGAAACACAGCCAUGCUGUAAUUCCCUGGAAACCAUUGGAGGCCAUUGGAGGAAAACAUGAAAAUCUACAAAGGCACCAAAUUCCACAAUCUCACUCUGAACUCAAUGAACCUCCUAGGAAUAGUCAAGAUGAAUAUGGAGGAGACCUAUGUACAGUCUCUAAUACCCAAGAGCAAAACUUUCCCAAACUUGAUGAUCUUCCAUCAAAAUCUGUUAAGCCAGGUUUGUCAGCAGAAGUGUUUGUGUCACAUUGCGAUAGCCCAUCAAGUUUCUUUGUCCAGUUAACAGAUGAGGAAAAUGAAAUCUUCUCUGUAGUUGAAAAACUAAACAAAGACCCGUCUGCUCUCAAACAGGUGGACACAAGUAAAUUGCAGCAAGGCGAUUUAGUGAAUGCCGAAUUUGCAGACGAUUGCUCUUGGUACCGUGCUGCCGUCAGAGAGAAAAUGGGAAAUCACAAAGUGCAGGUGGAGUUCAUAGACUUUGGGAAUACAGCAACUGUUUCAUCUUCAAAGUUAUGCAGACUUGACAAACAGUUCCUUCAACUUCCUCGGUAUAGCAUUCCCUGCUUCCUAAGUGGAAUACCCAGUGGUCACACAGUUCAGUGGGACAAUGAAAUAGUGGCAAAAUUAAAAAAAAUAGUAGGAGAAAAUGCUGAGAAGAAACUAGAAUGUAAUUUCAUUAAACAAACUGGGUACAUUUGGGAGGUCAGUCUUGUAGACCAGGAGGUGGUGCUAGCAGACAUGUUAUUUGAGAGUGGUGUCACUGACUUAAAUUUAUCUGAUGCCUCAGACAAACCAGAAAGUCUCGUUUUGGUGAACACCCUUCCUGAGAAAUCAAAGAAUGAAUCUGAGAUUGACGUCACUACAUUGGUUUACAAAAUACCUGACAUUUCAGAGGGCCAGACCUUUGAAGUGUAUGCAAGUUCUGUAGUUGGGCCUGACUACUUUUGGUGUCAGUAUGCACAUUCAGAUGAGCUGCAGAAGAUCUCUGAACUGGUUGGAGAAAUUAUGAAUUCUGCAGUACAAGAAGCUGCUUGGGCAGAUGUUUUUUUCACUGGAAGCCCAUGUCUUGCUCUUUUUAAAGAUGAUGAACAGUGGUAUCGUGGUGAGGUGAUGACAAAAAUGGAAAAUGUCUGUUCAGUACUUUUUGUAGAUUAUGGAAACGAGUCAGAAGUUGAACAGAACUCUAUGAAGCCAGUGCCACCUCUCUUGAUGGAAGCGCCCCCCCAGGCCCUUUUGUGUCAACUGGAAGGGUUUGAUCCCUCACAAGGCUCUUGGGAUGAAAGUGCAGCAGAUCGGUUCUUCGGCCUUGUCACAGAUGAAGUGCUGAGCGUGACUGUUCUUAAAGUGAAAAAUUCAAAAGACAGAAGAACCCCUCGGUACCAAGUCCGAGUUGUACGUAAUGAGGAAGUGAUAAAUUAUACAAUGCAGGACCACUGGAAAAAUUCAAUUUCUCUUGGCGAUGGCAAAUUGCCCACAGAUGAGGAGGAACCUUCCCCAGAACUAACUGCUUCAUGUUUUGAAUUUCACUCCACUGGCCGAGCCACCUCCAAGGACCCUUGUCCUGAGGAAAAUUUGGAGAACACUUCCAUCUCUGAAGAUUUUCCUCAAAGUUCAGGAAGCCAAACCAAACAAGUGGAUUUUCUAAACAGGGAAGAAAUGAUGGAAGUGCCAGUAAAGCAGCUGGACCUUCCAGUCAACAUUCCGUCUGUGGAAAAAACAGACCUUAGAAAUGAAGACUUGGAACUAGUUUGCACCUCAGAUUUGGUGAGCGGUUUUGAUAAAAUUCAGGAAUGUGCUGUGUUUGCUAUGGGCAAAGAAGAGAACAACGAAGGCAACAAACUCCCAAGAGGGGAUAAUGGAGUGGAAGAGACUUCAUCUGUCAUGGAGGAUCCAAAUCAGGGGACUCGCACCCCCUUGCACUACGGUGAAGACUCGAUUGACACAGGCUUGGCUUUGAUUGAUGUUACAGACUUUGCUUCGGGGACCACCUGUGCAAUCACCUGUAGCAAUGACAUGCCCAGUUGUACUGUAGACCUUCUGGACGAAAGUACGGAAUGUGUCUCAGAAGGCACAUGCACAGCUGAAGGGUCGUACUUAAUGGCUACUACCCCAGAGGAAUUAUCGGGUGUCUACCUGGCAGCAGUGUCUGAAGAAGAGACCUGUGAAACUGAACCGUGUGACAGUGAGCCGUCGAAGGACCCCGAGGAAACCGUUGCGCCUUCGGAAAGCAGGAGCACAUCUGCCGAGGAGCACGCCUGCGCACUGGACGAAACGGAUCCCUUGCUCUACAAGGUAGAUGAGAGUUUUGACGAACUGAUGGUCUUGCAUGAGGAACAGUGCCUGGAAGUACAGACCACCACCGACAGUGACAUUUAUGAGGAGGUCUUCAAACAGUGCACAGGACCAAACCAUAAGGAUGCGGGACCAGGGCCUUUGUUUUCAGAUGAAGUCUGUGGGAAAGAAAAUGUGGAGGAAUGCCACACAUGCAGAACUGGAUCCAAAUUUGACCCAGAUAAGGCUCAAGAGAAACUCUGUGUAGGGUCGGACUGUUUUGUCUGGUCAUAUACACACAGCAGUUGGUGCAGAGCAAAGAUUGUGAAAAUAUCAGAGGACUGCGUGAAGGUCUUGCUUUUGGACCAUGAUGCAGAAACGAUCAUAGACAUGCAGAACAUCUUUCGAACUAUUCCUGAAACACCAGCUCAGUGUUUGCACGAUUCAGUUUCUGACACCUGUUCGUCACACAGUGGAUUUCAACCAGGCCUAAACCUUAAGGAUGUGGGAGCAGGGCCUUUGUUUUCAGAAGAGAUCUGUGGGAAAGAAAAUGUGGAUGAAUACCAAACAUCCAGAACCGGAUCCACCCAGGACCCGGCACACGAAGAAGAGCCUGCAUGCGGUGAAUUCCUGCCAGGAAGUCCUCCAGAGGAGGUCCACUGUGACAGUCUGCAGGCUGCUGCAGUAGAUGCGGAGCCCUGCGAAGGGAGCUUCACGACGUCACGGUCGGGUCUCUUCACAGACCAGUACGGCAGGACUGAAGGGGGGUCUGAAGGGGGAGUUGACGCAUUACCAGCGUCCUCGACGGAUACGGAAACGGUCCAGAGUGAGACUCAACAGGCCAGUACCUGUGCUCCAGCUGAAGCUCAGUUCGAGGAGCAGAUGUCCCACGUGACCCAUCUUACUCUGAAAGUUGAAGAAAUGUCCGAUGACGACGUGGUUUUUGUCAAGGAGAUACAAAUGCGCAGACAGCAGGUCCAGGAGCUUGGGACAAGUGAGAAGGAGCAAUCCAAGGAUCUGGACUAAUAAUUUGUUACACUUGGCCUACCCUGCAUUAGGCACUUGUGAGGCUCAUUUCUGGAUGAAGCGCUUGCUUUUUGGGUUCAAAAGCAUAUGAACACUUAAGUUUGUACCAGGUAAAAAUGUUACUGUAGUUUUAUUUAGCCACUGCCAACAUCUUGUAAAGGCAGCAAAGUCCAAAGUCCGAUCAUUAAAAUGCUGAGAAGACCAUCUCUCUGGAAGGCGCAGUCCUGUGGAGUCUUCCUAAAGACCUAGAUCUAUGGUGUUCCUAAAGACGUUGUGAUAAGUGCCUUUAUUUUACAUCUGUAAAUAUGUGUUUGAUUUCUUUUCUCAGUAUUACAUUUGAGUGGAAAACUGGUUCACACUAAGAAAUUGUGAUCACGACAGAUGUCUCCAAAGUAUAUUCAGUUAUGUUUGUGUUUGUGUUGUUCUGACAGCAAGGAAUUCUUUGUUUGUAUUCAGCCACUUGUUUGGUCUAAAUGGAAAACUAGUUGCUGACGUUGAGAAUGGCUUUUUGUGGGGUUUUUUUUUUUUUUUUUUUUGGGUAGCUAGCCUAAAUUCUAGAACUGAAACUUAAAUUUAGGGGAAUUACGGAAUGAGCAUAUCAAGUGCUUUUCCACGUCUAAACCAAGCAAGAAUUGCAAAUGGGGACCUUGAUAUUUAGAAUGCAAUUGAAGUGAUUAAAAUCCCUCAUAAUGGGGUUGAUUUUCUUUCCUGUGCUUGGUGUGUGGUUGUUAAAGCACAAUAAACAUGGUGUACUUCAGAAGUAGCCGCUGGUGUGUGCAAGUACAUUUAUGGCCAGCAUUGUAAAUAGUUAUGAAAUAAAGUCAACAUUUCAAUCCAA